CAUAGUUUGUGGCAUGAGCUCGUCUUUAUUUUGUAGCCAGUUUCAACUUUUGUCUUUUUCUGUCACUGGACUUUCAUAGCAGAUCGCUAGUUGUGUUGCUUCCUCAAGGGAUCGUUUUAAAACACAAGUUUUUAAAAAUCCACUCGGAAACUUAGGAUUCAUAGUAAACGUCCUUUCCUUCCUGAACUCCCUUUUACGACCAGACAUGGAAAAGAAAGGAGAUAGAAAGAAUGUGCAACAUAAUGGACCGAAUCAUGAUAUUUGUACAAUCGAAAAGCUUCCUGAUAAAGUGCUCCUUCAAAUUUUUUCAUAUCUGCCUCACAAAGAAAUUGGUCGAUUGGCGAGAGUUUGUAAGAAAUGGCGAAUGAUUUCCAGCGAUUCCAGACUGUGGACCCACGUUUCGCUUAGACCCGAUGUAUCUGGUCUUCAUGUCACAAACAUUGAGACUCUUUUGGCACUAAUAGCUGUACGAUUUGGUCCUUCUUUGAGGUACAUUGAGCUUCCAAUAGAAUUAAUUACACACACAGUUCUUCAAGAAUUAGCCUACAAGUGUACGUCUCUUACACACAUGUUACUAGAUUUUUCCACCGCUAUGCAACUUCAUGACUUCAGUGACUUGCAAACAUUUCCAAGCAGAUUGAGAACGAUGUGCAUCUGCCUUUCUGAAGUCAUCUUUAUGGAAGGAUUUAUGAGGAAAAUUUACAAUUUUAUCAAUGGUCUGGAAGUUUUGCAUCUCAUUGGUACUUAUGAAAAGGUCACUGAAGAGGAAGAAGAAAUAUACGAAGUUAUAAACAUUCAUAAGCUUAAAAGUGCUGUACCAAAUCUCAGAGUUGUUAAUCUUUUCGGUAUCAUUUUUGUAGACGACAGUCAUGUGGAAGCUCUAAGCAGCAACUGCAUACAACUCGAAUGCUUGGCUAUAAAUUUCUGCAACAAAUUCACAGGUAGCACUUUGAAACUUCUACUUCAGAGGUGCAAAAAGCUGAAGUCUCUCCUCAUGCAACAAACUUCUUUGAAAAGUGAACAUGUUAUGGCAGCGGAAUGGGAUAAGACGGUCUUACAAGAACUUGACAUAACAGCGACAGAACUAUCUACGGAAUGCUUGAUCGAUCUUCUAACCAGAAUACCUGCCCUGCGCUACCUAUGCGCUGGUCAACAAGACGGAUUCACAGAUCAGGUCAUGAAAGAAUGGAUUGAAAAAGGCAAUGUCAAAAAUCUUCUAGCUUUGGAUCUGGAUAGAAAUGAGAAUAUUUCUGAAGAAGCUCUUGGGAAACUUAUAAAAAUGAUAGGACCUGCUCUUCGUGGCCUGGGACUUUCAAACCUACCACACAUUACGGAACACUUCUGGAAUUCUAUGCUACCAAAUUUAAAAAAUUCCAGAAUUUUAAUCAUGGGAAUGCCAGAAGACUGCUGCCCGAAGAUUCAACAGAAAAUCCACGUCGAUUCUCUCAUGGAAUCGAUAGCAAACAAUUGUCCUGGAUUAGAAAGAUUGGAAAUACGUUGGGAUGCCGACACAUUGCGCUUCAGUGAUCGCUCGAGCAAAGCCAUAGAUUUAGUGCGUGUAAAGUGUCUACGACUUCGCUGUAUGACACUAGCUGAUGGGAAAUAUUUCGAGCUUGUGAAAUCAAAUUUCACAAGAGCUGAUAGGGGCACUGUUGUCAGAACUACAACAACGUGCAGGGUUACUCUUUGCUAUUUACUUUUAUACUAUAAAGAUCUUUUGUUUAAUUAAUAA